UAGAUAUUUAAAUGGCACUUCGGUUUAAGGUGCUUUGGGGUUUGAUACAAUUUCUGGUUUUCCUUAAACACUGCCAAGGAUUUAAGUUUACCAUCGUGCACAACAAUGACAUGCAUGCCAGGUAUGACCCAAUGAAAGGAAGCAGCGGGAAGUGUCCCAAGGGAGACGACGAGAGAGGCCUGUGCUUUGGAGGCUUCGCUAGAGUCGCUACGGCUGUAGCUAAGGCCAGAGCUGAGGGACCGACACUCUUUCUGAAUGCAGGCGACACAUAUCAGGGAACGCCCUGGUUUACGCUCUACAAAGGCGAUCUGGCAGCUGAACUUAUGAAUAUGCUCAAUCCAGAUGCAGUGUCUCUGGGAACUCACGAGUUUGAUGACAAUAUCGAUGGGCUACUUCCCUUUCUGAAUAAGGUCAACUUCCCCAUAGUGAGUUGCAACUUGGACCUAAGUAAGGUUCCUCAAUUGGAAAGUGCAAAGAGGUUGAUGCCGUCAACGAUCAUUACAAAAUUGGAAAAACAGAUUGGCAUUAUUGGCUAUCUUACGCCUGAAACAAGAGAACUGGCUGCAUUGAACGAUCUGGAGUACUACAAUGAAAUACCAUCAAUUAAUGCGGAAGCUCAAAAGCUUAUAGAGAAAGGAGUUAAUAUUAUAAUAGCACUGGGUCAUUCUGGUUACAAGAGGGAUCAGGAAAUCGCCAUCAAUUGUCCAGAUGUGGAUGUUGUCAUCGGUGGACAUUCGCACACUUUUCUCUACACGGGUAAUCCACCGUCCAAAGAGAAACCCGAGGGAAACUAUCCAACUAUUGUCGUGAAGCCAAAUGGUCGACAGGUGCCUGUCGUGCAGGCAUAUGCGUAUACCAAAUAUUUGGGUAAAAUUCAUCUGGAGUUUGACAAUGGAGGGAACCUAAUCUAUUUCAAAGGCAAUCCAAUCUUGUUGGACUCGUCGGUGGAGCUCGAGAGUAAUAUGAAAUCUCUCUUAGAAAUGAAAAGGAAGAAAAUAGAUGAGCUGGAUAGUCAGGUGAUAGGAACUACUAAGGUGUUUCUUAAUGGCGAUCGUACAGCAUGUAGAAAUAAGGAAUGCAACUUUGGCAAUUUUAUUUGUGACUCCCUGGUUUACGGCCGUGUGGCUGAAGACUUUGGUGGACUUUAUUGGACUGAUGCAUCUAUAGCUCUGCUCAAUGGAGGAGGAAUACGCGCAUCCAUUGAUGGAGGAAAGGAUGGUACUGUAACCGGCGCAGAUAUUGCCACCGUGUUGCCCUUUGGCAAUACCAUAUCCGUUGCCCGUGUUAAGGGAGCAAACCUUGUCAAGUCGUUGGAGCACUCGGCAUCUUUGCGCAAUUCAGACUCGGGUGGAGGCUUUCUACAAGUGUCUGGCCUACGUUUUGUUUUAAAUUUUAAUCGGCCAAAAGGUAAACGUGUUACGUCAAUUUUUGUUCUCUGCGCUGAUUGUGAGAUUCCGUACUAUCAACCACUGGAUAGACAUAAAUAUUAUGGGGUGAUUCUACCGACGUUUUUACUUAAUGGCGGAGAUGGUCAUAAAUAUUUUCAAGAAGGAUCAGAUGCACAGCACAGUACUAUGCGCCUUAUUGAUCGCGAAAUAGUAACAAAAUAUUUCCAGGAACAUAAGAUUGUCUUCCCUAAACGGGAACAACGAAUAACUAUUGUGGAAAAAGCAUUCAGAUCUUGUGCCGUUCUCCGAUCUCAGUCUCGAUUUGCAUUAGUUGUAUUUGUAGCUCCUCAACUAUUAUACUUUUUGCCGAUGCUUUUAAUAAAUUAAGAAACUAGAAGCUCUUAGUUGUCACCAAUGCUA